UUCAGGGCAGGGGCAAGAGAGACAGGUGCAAGCGAAUCCUGGAAUCACUUGGCACAAGAUGACAUCAAGGAUCUGAAGUGUUCUUUCGUCGAAAGCGUUUUCAUUUUCGUGACCUGCGAAGAAGGAGCCCCCCGCACACGCCGUGAUGCCGGAGCAGAGCAACGACUACCGGGUGGUGGUGUUUGGCGCGGGCGGCGUGGGCAAGAGCUCGCUGGUGCUGCGCUUCGUCAAGGGCACCUUCCGCGAGAGCUACAUCCCCACCAUCGAGGACACCUACCGGCAGGUCAUCAGCUGCGACAAGAGCAUCUGCACGCUGCAGAUCACCGACACCACGGGCAGCCACCAGUUCCCCGCCAUGCAGCGCCUCUCCAUCUCCAAGGGCCACGCCUUCAUCCUGGUCUACUCUGUCACCAGCAAGCAGUCGCUGGAGGAGCUCAAGCCCAUGUACGAGCAGAUCGUGCAGAUCAAGGUGGCCGACGUGGAGAGCAUACCCAUCAUGCUGGUGGGCAACAAGUGCGACGAGACGGCGCAGCGCGAGGUGGAGACGCCCGCCGGCGAGGCCAUGGCCAAGCGCUGGAAGUGCGCCUUCAUGGAGACCUCGGCCAAGACCAACCACAACGUCAAGGAGCUCUUCCAGGAGCUGCUGAACCUGGAGAAGCGGCGGACUGUCAGCCUGCAGAUCGACGGCAAGAAGAGCAAGCAGAGCAAGCGGGCCGAGAAGCUCAAGGGGAAAUGCGUGGUUAUGUAAAAUAGCGUGGUGUGCCGUGCCGUGCCGUGCCGUGCCAUACCGGGAGUGUG